ACUCCUUCAACAAUACUUACCAGUGCUUAGUUUGUUUGUUCUUAUACUCUUAACUCUGAACGGGACAUUAAGCUUUUGAAGCACCAGUAUAUUUAGGUAUUUUUGUAUGUACAAUCGGUUUGGAUAUAUACCAAAAAUUGAAUGUGAAGCAAGAUCAUGAUAGUAUACAAUAAUCUCUAAUUGAAGAAUAAUCAAGUCGGCAAGGGGCAAGGGGCUUUACAGUCACCAAUAACAUUGUUUAAUUAUUGCAACCCCGUCCCUAUUUAUUAUGGUUGUUCUUUUUUCUGCUUAUUGCUUAUACAAUAUGCUUAUUGUCUUCUCUCUUUCUCUCUCAACUUUUUGUUCACUGUAUUUGCAGCUACCUUAAUUUCUCCUUCUUCUAGGGUUUUCUUCCCUUUCAACUCUUUUUUUUUUUCGAGCUCCAAUGUUGCAAUAUCCUUAAUCCUAGGAGAAUCAAGGAACAAAGCUUGAAAUAUUUUGUCACUACCAAGAGGAUCAAAGAGAUCGAUAAGUGUUCCAAAGUAGAAAGAUGUCUUCUACCAGCAGCUACUACUCAACCCCUCCAUGUGCUGCCUGCAAAUUCUUAAGAAGAAAAUGCUUGCCAAGUUGCGUUUUUGCACCUUAUUUUCCUCCGGAGGAGCCAAUAAAGUUCACAACCGUACACAAAGUAUUCGGGGCCAGCAAUGUGAGCAAGCUCCUGAACGAAAUCCAGCCUCAUCAGAGAGAGGAUGCUGUCAAUUCUCUCGCCUAUGAAGCCGAGGCACGGUUAAAAGAUCCUGUCUAUGGCUGUGUUGGAGCAAUUUCUGUUCUUCAAAGGCAAGUUAUUCGCCUCCAGAAGGAACUCGACGCCACGAAUGCUGAUUUAAUGCGAUACACCAAUUAUGAACAGGCUAAUAAUAAUCAAAUUAUGGAAAAUCAUCAAGAAAGGAGUAAUUUUCAAUAUGGGAGAAGAAUGGUUCCUAGUUAUUAUUCUUCUGCACGGAACAAUGAUAUUUCAGGAGAUCACAACAAUAUUAGUACUGAUAAUUGUGAUGGUGACAGUUGAGUAAUUGAAGUCCAGAAUCGCUAAUAAAGUUGAUCACGUAUUUGUAAUUGAACUUUGUUUUUCCAAUUAGGAAAAAGAUGUACAAAUUAAAACACUGUAUAUUUGGUGGAUAAUUGAGUGUUACAGUGUUGUAAUUUAUAUUGACGUACGGAGAUAUACGUCUCGAUUAUUUAUGCUAUAAUAAUGUAACGGUUCAGGCUCAA